AUGAAUGUCAAAUAUGAUUUGAUUAAAGCUGCUCUUGAGAAGGCACGGUUAUCUCAAAAGUGUCCACUAUCUUUGUUUACGUGCCCCGUUCCAGGAGUCCGCUUUUAUCGAUCGCCGGGGUUUGUGGUAUGUGGCUUCAGUAGGAGUACCGGAGUCAUCGCUGCAUGCUCGCCAGUCAACUACAUCGUUCGCAUUUUAGAAUACCCUAUUCGGACAGGAGACGGAGUAGAUCUGGCCAAGAUGUCGAUGGGAUUCGUGAAUAGCAGGGAAAGUAUCGUCAAUGACGCCUGUGAUUGUGCUGGCCCUAAAAGCAAAGGGUUAAACGGUCCACGCGAAUCUGAAAGGAGUUUUGCAAAGGCAUAUUUUAUAGUGCCCGGACGGGUACGUCGUCUCUCCAGAGUGAACAUGGAUCCAUGGUAUGCCGUUGUAUGA